AUGCAUUUCAAUCCGGUCACCGCUGUCUUUACCGCCACGGCCAUGGUCGCUUCGAUCCUCGCAGCCAGUAAUGACCUACAGAUCUUUAAGCAGGCCAUUGACGACAGCGACGUCGUGGCGGCUUCUAAAGCCUUGAUGUCUGCAGGCAAUUGCGAUAUAGCCGGAUGCAUCGAGAUUGUCGAAUCUAUCAUCGAACCUUGUGCCACUGCCAUCAGCGGUUCCGGCGAGGAUAUUGGAGACGACUUGAGUUGUGUAUCUGCCGUUUUGGAAGCCUUUGCGUCGUCUAAUGGUAGCAAUGCCUGUGUGACCUGUCUCCAGGAAGGCGUGGUGGAAAUUGAGAAGCUCCUUAACCAGACCCUGCCUUCCCAGUAG